AUGAUAAGUGACCGCUUCUUGUUCAACCGUCUUUACAUCGCAAGCCAGCAGCGAGAUAGAGACCUUGGUGAGUUCUUUAUGCACAAGAACCAGUCGUACCCACCGUAUUCGUCCGAGUACGGCAAUUCAUGUUAUACUAAGAAGUUUGACCUAAUUGAAUGCUUGACCAAAGGGAUAACAGAGACAUCUCCACCAGAAUCGUAUGACGUCACGGUGGUUGACGGAGCCGCAUUGGUGCAUGCACUACAAGUGGUAUCCGUUUCAACGUUUGAUGAGUAUGCAAAGGCCGGGUAUUCAUACCAGUAG